AUGCUAUCCGCGUUGUUGUACGUGUAUCUACCACCAGGAGCAAUGGGUGAAUACGAAAUCACCAAAGAUGUUCUGAUACAGACCGCGCGAAAUAACCUCACAGCACUGGGGUGGACAGCAUUGUGUGCAGCUGCACUCAUCUGUAUUAUUACGCGCGUCAUCACCGGUCUACAAAGUCGAACAGAUGGUAGCUCCAAAACCUCAGACGUCCGGCCCGUAAGGACUGUGGCCUACUGGAUCCCUUGGCUGGGACAUGGGAUUUCUUUUGUCUGGGAUCAUAUAUCACUGAUUGAAAAGGCCCGAGAUUCUUUGAAAGAGCCAGCCUUGGGCAUUUACAUGGGCGGCACGAAGCAUAAUGUCGUCGUAUCUCCCUCUCUGGUCAAGGCCGUGAUGCUAUCGCCGAGCACGUCUUCUGUCGCCUGGAUCAACUAUGCGUUGAAGACUGUCGGCGGAGACCGCGGUCCGAUCCGCAACUUCAACGCAGCUGACCACCAUGUCUUUCACCAUGAUCUCCCCAAUCUCUUCAUGAGGGAGCCUUUCAUCACCGAGGCCUCUACGAAGCUUGUCGAGCUACUUAAGCGGGAAAUCGCCAAUUUUGUGACCUUCUCCUGGAGCCCGGUGGACCAGGCCCCGUGGGAGCGCUCCAGCGACGCGGUUCUGACAGAUCGCAGCGACAAGCCUGUCUGCGAGGCCGAUUUCUUUGCGCUGAUCAGAGGCUUCGUCGGCCAUAUCACGACUACGACCUUGAUGGGCAGGGCCAUCCUGGAGGCUUUCCCCCGUCUGUUGGAUGAUGUAUGGGAGCUUGACAACCACUUUCCGCUCAUGGCUAUGGGCCUGCCGCGCUGGCUCCCCUUCUCGGGGCUGCCGGCGGCAUACGCAGCGCGGGAUAGAAUCCUCGAGGUCCUCGCAGCGUACCAGAAAGCAUUCCUCGACAUGGAAAACGGCAUCGACGGUGACGUCAAACUCCGCGACCUGGACGACGCGUCGGAGCCGGUCAAGCAGCGCAUCCGCAUGUCCAAGAACAUGGGAUUAUCUCCGCACGACAGCGCUCCGGGACACCUGUUGUUACUCUGUGCCAUGAACGGGGACUCGCCCAACGUCGCGUUCUGGCAUCUCCUCCGCCUCUACACCAACCCCGCGCUCCUGGACGAUAUCCGGCAGGAAAUCGCCCCGUACGUCAAGGCAUGGCGACCCUCGCGCGAGGAAACCGGGUUCCCCAUCCCCGAGGCGCCCAAGGUCUCGAUGGAUUUCGAGGCCAUGCUCAAAAACUGCCAUCUGCUCAAGGCUAGCUUCUACGAGACCAUGCGUAUGGACUCGGCGGGCCUGUCUUUCCGCGAACUCACGUCCGACUUGACGAUCACCGAGUCCAAGGACGAUGCUGCAGUGGCGGGCGUGGAGGAGCCCCGGUCGUUCCGCGUGAACAAGGGAGAAAGCAUUGCCGUCCCGCACGGCGUCCUCCAUAACGAUCCGCGGUACUUUUCCAACCCCGGUCAGUUCGAUCCUCUCCGGUUCCUGGUGACGGAUCCGGAGACGGGCGCGAAGCGGGCGGAGCUUCAUACGAUUGAUCCGUUUGGCGAGGGUGCGUCUGGAUGCAAAGGGCGGGUGUUGGCUGAGAGGGAGAUUCUUGCAUUUGUCGCUGCGAUUAUCUCCAUGUGGAACAUCGAGCCUGCCGAUGGCAAGGAGUUCAAGCUGCCAAAACACCAGCCUUCUCGCGGUGCAUACUUGCCGAAGAAUGAUAUCAGGGUGCGGUUGUCGAUGCGUGUUUGA